CAUUCAAAUCUUUUCCAAACUUCCCGUCUCACAGGGCGCCUCAUUGACCUCUCUAACUCAGAUUCACUAGUCUGUCUUGCGCCAACAGCCUUCUGUGUGGACAUGAACGACGAUUCGAGCAACAACGAUGCGGCCCAUAUACGUUUCACUUAUCCUGAUUACCAACAUCAUCUAGACCAUAGUCAACUUAUUCCUACUGGACCCUCCGGACCAUCUGGAAUACAUUCUUUACAGCAAAGCCCCUCGUCGAUUCCCUCUCUCGGAUCUCCUUCGAUCAGUAUUAGUCCUACGGAAGAUGCCAUUCGUCAUGGACAUUGAAGAUACUGGGUUUGAUCCGCUAUACUUUGCGCCUGCGCCUGCGCCUCAGACAUCGAGCGAUGUAUGUCGGGAUGAGUUCAGGCUUGCCGUGGAACAUCUCAUCCACAUAGUUCAGAACAACGUCUUGCAACGCCAGAUCCCUCAGCUACAUGAUGCCAAAGACUUCCUGCAAGUUAUCUGGCACAGACUGAACGGUAUGAUUCAGCAACAAAUUGAAAUAUUCGAGAGAUUGGCAGAUACCGGUCCAAGAACAAGCAAAUUCUGCUGCUGGCUUUGCCCUAGUGGACAGCGUAAGUUCUACAACACGCGGGCCUCCUUCAGACGUCAUGUUGCCUAUGAGCAUGCCCCACGGUCUAUCUAUCGUUGUCUCGAUGACAAGUGCCUUUGGACGACGAGGAGGAAGGACAAGGUGCAUUCGCACUUGAGACACAAUCACGGAUUCCAAUGGCGGGCCACUCGCGAGCAAAUCAACAUAGUUGAGACUAAGCUGCCCCCACCUAGUGUCUGCCCGCUGUGUCAGAAUGUUGUUGGCUCCUGGGAUGAGUACUUUAAGUGCGUGUGUGGGCAUUGUCAGGUGGCAGGAGCUGGCUCGGCAAGCACCAGCGCUAGUCAGAGUCGCCGGAACAGCGACGACCGUGGACAGGGCAGUGGUGGCUCUGGCUUCAAUAAUUUCCAAUUCCCUGGCAGUGGCCUUGGGGCGAACAAUGGCCAGUCCCCCUCUGGGAACGGCACACAUACGGGCUCGACCUUUUUCAGCACGGGAUAUCACUAUAAACAGCAUACACAUCAAGCGACACAUGGUAUAAACGACCCCGCGCCAGCGACUCUGACGGGCCCAAACUCCGGUGUGGUCUCUGAUUAUGGACCAUCACAUCUUGCAGAAGUUGAAGGGCCGCGUUCCGAAGAAAGGACAUGUGCCGGACCAACAAGUCUAACAAGUCAGCAUUGGUCGGUGACGAAUGUAACCAAUCCAGCCACACGUGCCCAACACAAUGAGGGAACUGUCUCUGAGAUCCACAAAUCUCACACCAACAUCUCUGGGCUUGAGAAACAUAAAAGAAGACCCCACUCACAAGAAUCGCCACAGAAAAGAUUUCUCGCUAGAGGUCAAGGAGAGCUCCACCAAGAGCCAAAGAAGGUUCAGGCCGAGAAGAAGUGCACCACCUGUGGACAUGUCUUUGACAAUUGCUCUCAAUGUCGACGAUCAAAACCGCUUUCCGGAAAAUGUCAUCAAUGUGCAGAUCGGACCUGCAACAAUGCAGGUCUCCAAAAAGCAGAGAUCUGGCGGGGCCGUCACCGGGCUCCUCGUGUGAAUAGACAGGAUGCCCUGACACACUCCGUCACCGAUACGACUUGGUCACUGCCAUCGACAAAUAUUGGGAAUGAUUACUCUGAUCCUCCUCGCGCUACGGGUGCUUCUAGUAUUCCCGAAGAAUGCCGACCUUAUGAAGUCUCCUUGCUGCACCUCCUUGCACCACAAGAUCGCGGUCUACUCUAAUGCCAAUGCUUUCAAUUGAUACCAAUGUGGUGAUUUCGACGAAAGACCCUUCCGGGAAAGAACCCGCAGUUGUCUUGCACGCCCCGGCAAGAUGCCUACCAGCAAAGGUGCAAGAUCAAUCGACACCCGAAGCACAGACUAGACUACAUCAGUGCCGCGCAGGCCAAGUAACAAGGUCUUUCACGGUUUUCAGUCAAAGGCUGGUAUCUUUGGAUCAAGAAAAGACUGAAUUUUGCAACUCGGACUCAUGCAUGCCACAUGAGAAGACACUAUCAAUCAGUCAUCUGGACCACGCGGUGCUGCGUGUGAUGUACAGCUCUGUGUCUGGAAUGAUCCUCUAUGGUAUGUUUCUUGUACACCUAGCCUU